AUGUCUCUCGAAAACACAGCCGCCUGGGUUACCUCACAUAACGCUCACCCUUUCGAGGUCAAGCCCGCCUCCAUUGUUGUUCCUGAGGAGAACCAAAUCCUGAUUCGCAACCGUGCCAUUGCCAUCAACCCAAUCGACUACAAGGUCCAGACAAGCGACGUUCACAGAGGCCAGAUCACAUACCCCACUAUCUUGGGCGAAGAUGUCGCGGGAGAAGUCGUUGCCGUUGGAUCUGGCGUGACCAAGUUCAAGAUUGGAGAUCGUGUCGCUGGCCUUGCUGCUGGGUUCUUGACCAACAAGAACGAGGAAAAGACCUUCCAGGCCUAUACCAUACUCCGGACUGAUUUGUCUGUCAAGAUCCCCGAGAAGUACUCUUUCCAGGAAGCCUCUGCCUUUCCGCUCGCAGUCGGAACGACAGCUGCUGGCUUGUUCAACACCGAUUUCAUUAACCUACGACUUCCCACAUUCCCUGCUCAGAAGCCCACUGGGGAAGUUCUCUUGGUCUGGGGCGGCGCUUCCGCAGUAGGCUGCGCUGCCAUUCAGCUUGCCGUCGCAUCAGGCUAUGAAGUUCUCACAACAGCUUCGCCCAAGAACUUUGAUCUUGUCAAAAGACUAGGCGCAAGCCAUGCUUUUGACUACAAGAGCCCAACAGUCGUGGCUGACCUCCUCAAGGCGGCUGAAGGCAAAAAGUCAGCAGGUGUUUUCGACACCAUUGGCUUUGCGUCCUGGCCUUAUACUCUGGAGUUUGCCGAAAAGGCAGACGGAGUCAAGUUCAUUUCCUGCACGGUGCCUGGAUGGCCGGAGCCUCCUCAGGGUGUGACCAUCAAGCAUGUGUUUUCCCUAUCCAUCAUUCAUUCCCAUGUUGCUUCGGCUGUCUGGGAUGACUACUUGCCCAAGGCGAUUGAGGCUGGUGCAUUUGUCCCUGCACCAAGCCCCUUGGAGUUUGGAAAGGGCUUGGAGAGUCUUCAAGGAGCGGUGGAUUUCUUGGGCACGACGGGUGUCUCGGCUCAGAAAGUGGUUGUAUCUCUGGAAUAG